CGUCAUAAGACAUUGGAUAACUGUAUGGCAAUUUCAGUUACAGGUGAAAAAGUUUGAGCACCCCUGUCGCUUCAGUGUCGGGGCCUAUAUAAACGGUGGAUACGGAUCACGGCACAGCAUUCGGCGUGCAACAGGUUGAGAAGAUCACAGCUAUGCAGCCCACAAUGAGGAUCGUCGUCUCCAUGGUCUUGCUGGCAUCAGCACUCGCCAGUGCUUACCACAGCAGUGCCAAGCUCCGGCGGGAUGGAGUGCUGAACUUAUACCCGUUCCCUAGAGUCGGCCGGGCGUCACGGAACACGUGGCAGCUGCCUCUCAACGACCUGUAUCUUGAAUACGAGCCAUCAACGAUGGAGAAGCGACAACUGUACGCGUUCCCGCGCGUCGGUCGCAGCGACUUGUCGCUGUCGCGUGUCGACUCCCACGAGUUCCAGCCGACGGCUGUGCGGCGCACUGAGAGUCCUGGCAUGUGGUUCGGACCCCGGCUCGGAAGGUCCUUCAAGAGUGAUGAUGAUGCGGAAUUCACAGUACAAAACGAGAACAACGACCACAGCGAGCCCGAACAGACGGAACCCGUUCACGAGGAGCGGAGGAAGAGACAGACCCUGAACUAAACGCACACCGCUAUGACCACUGACGAAGGAACCCUAAAAUACGGCGCAUAUUGUACUACUGUACGACUAUUAGAACUUGAGACGGGAUAUUUACCAUGUUUAUUUUUAUGUCUAUGAGUUUUCUAUUCUAUAAUGAAUUCUAAUGUUAGUGUUAGAUAUCAUGUCAGUUUAAAAAUUUUGACUGUACGAUUAGUCGCAUUUUAACCGACUACAAAAAAGGAGUUUUAAUAUCACGCUGUAUAUGAAAAGUAUUUUUAUCCACUGGUUUACGUUUAAAUCGAGAUUUUGAAAGCAAAAAAAAUGUCUUAAGAACUUUCUGAUUAGGAUUACUGGAUGAUUUUUAAAACCCUUAACUAUCAUAUUUGGUUAUGACAAAAUAUUAGUCAUAAAUACUAAGACAGUGGACAAUAUGCGCCGAAUCUUAGAACCAUAGAUUAAUUUAAAAGUUACGAGUAGAUGACACUAGUUGUACCGCCGAAACGCCUACACACAAUUAUUAAAUGAAUUAAUUAUUACUAUUGCAUUAAAUUAUUAAUUGUAAUCAUAAUGUAAAUCGACCGUCAACAUUAUUGUAAGAAUUAAAUGUAAGUACUAAAUGUAUUUAGUAAUUUUAAUGUUUAUUAAUAAGUAUUCAUUGCCAAAUUUAUUUCUUAGGCUGGGCGGGUUUUAUUCUUCCGUUUAGAAAAAUCCGUGAAAUGUUUUUGGCAAUUUAUUAUUAUUACUUAUUAUUAAAAAUAAUAUAAAAAUUGAAUGAGAUUGUUUAUGGAAUUCUAAUUUAUUGAAAUAAAGAUCAGUCCGAUAUG